UCCCAGUCUUGCGACAUCCCUCCCAAGACACCACACGCGUGUUGCGUUUAGACUGGAGGACCUCAAACAUGGGAGCCAUCAUUGGCGCGGAUGCAGCUCCUCAUCGGUUUUCAGAAGUUUGAUACUGCAGCCAUGCAUCUUAACUUUAGAGCCGACUGUUUUAGAAAGGGAAGGCGCUUUCGCUCUGUCAACAUGUGGCACCUGUACCCGAAAUAUUAGGCACCUCAAUGAGCAUUGAGUUCAGAACACUUAUUCCCCUCAGUGAUGGAAUGAAGACGAAACGUAUGAUGGAUGAUAAAUCCAGCAAGCUGAUCUUAGUUCCUAUUCUGGCUGUGCUUUUUGUUACGAUAGGUUACCAGUACAUAUGUCCCGCUGGAAGUAAUUCAUGCCCCCUGAAAAACGGAGACACGCUGCGGGGAGUGAGCCUGCUCUCCACUCGCUACCAGGAUGGAGAUGAUUUUGACCGGGACCAGGACCUGGAGGACGACCCGCCUUCGAAGGUGCCAUCAAAAUUCAACUUCACCGAGAGAGACUUGGACAGACACGUUGAGUUCAACAUAAAAGGGGACGACGUGAUCGUGUUCCUGCACAUCCAGAAGACAGGAGGGACCACCUUCGGCAGGCACCUGGUGAGGAAUAUCCGCUUGGAACAGCCGUGCGACUGCAAGCCCGGCCAGAAGAAGUGUACUUGUCACCGGCCGGGGAAGGAGGAGUCGUGGCUCUUCUCUCGCUUCUCUACAGGAUGGAGCUGCGGGUUGCAUGCAGACUGGACCGAGCUGACCAACUGCGUUCCUGUCAUUAUGGAUAAGAAGGAGGUCCAGAGGAAUAAAAGGAACUUCUACUACAUCACCAUGCUGCGCGACCCGGUCUCCCGCUACCUGAGCGAAUGGAAGCACGUCCAGCGCGGCGCCACGUGGAAGACCGCCCUGCACAUGUGCGACGGACGCUCGCCCACCCAAGACGAGCUGCCCACCUGCUACAGCGGGGAAGACUGGUCCGGCGUCACCCUUACAGAGUUCAUGAAUUGCCCGUCCAACCUGGCCAACAACCGGCAGGUGCGCAUGCUGUCCGACCUGAGCCUGGUGGGCUGCUACAACCUGUCGUCCAUGAACGAGAGCCAGCGCAACCACAUCCUCCUGAGCAGCGCCAUGAGCAACCUGAAGAACAUGGCCUUCUACGGUCUGACCGAGUUCCAGCGCAAAACCCAGUACCUGUUUGAGCGGACGUUCAGCCUGCGCUUCAUCUCGCCCUUCACGCAGAUCAACAGCACACGAGCUGCCAACGUGGACCUGAGCGAGGCUGUGCGCAGACGCAUCGAGGACCUCAACUACCUGGACGUGCAGCUGUAUGACUACGCCAAGGACCUGUUCCUGCAGCGUUUCCAGUUCAGCCGCCAGAGGGAGCACCAGGAGGUGCGCUUGAAGCGGCGCGAGGAGAGGCGCUGGAUGCGCGAGCAGCAAGCCAGGCCGCGGUUGGCCAAGCGUAGGGGAGGAGCGUAUAAAAGUGGGCGGGGGGAGUUUGAGAAGGCGCCCGACAGUGACUUCCAAAGCACCACUGAGGACUACACAAGCCAAGUGGCUCACUGGUGAUGCCAUCAAGAAGUGGUUUGGACUCACACAUGCCAUCGUUACAUUCGUCACCUGUUCCUCAGCUUUUAGUGUGCAGUUGUCUUACUUUUCAAAAUGUGCAGCGGCUCUGCCUCCAGCUGCCCUUUGGUGUCUUAACAUCUUCUAAUGCUGUUCAUAGAUUUCUAUCAUGUCAUGGCUGCCUUGGUUAUUUACAUGCGUUGAUUAGGACGGCUUUAAAAGAACAUAAAAGAACAGAGAAGCUGACUGCUUCAAUUAAAAAGUGAUGAAUGUCAUCUAGUAGCACAUAAUCCAUUUUAAAAUGUAGAUGUAGACGGUUGCAUGCCACAUGUUCACACUUAUACAGCUCUGUCAGUCAAGAAAAAGGAGCCCUUUUUAUGUAUUUAUUUCAUGCCAACGGCACCUUUUUCCUGGUGCAUGAAGACUGACUCUUAUGGUGUUUUAGUUGCAAUGCACUGUUUUCCUUUCACACGUGCAAUACCUUACUAGAGGAAACGCCUCAAAGUUUCUGCUAUACAGUGGAACCUCUGAAGUCCAACACCAUAGAAAUAAUGUACAUAGAGAUAGUCUGUUACAAGUUCAAAGUGUACCCAUCAUAUCUUUUAAGUCACGUAACAUGAACGUUAUUCUUAGCUGUCAUACAAGCGUAAAAAGACGUUUUUAAAAACACUAAAGCACAUUUUCACUGCUAACGCUGAGGACAUGUGACUCGGGUUAUUCACUCUUCAAGUAAAGGCAUGGGAAUACACUGCAAAUUGGCGAUAAACUUAAAUAUUGGCAAAAAAAAACAACACGUCUUGCAUAAUCGUCCGUCAUCGUAUCAACAAAAGCAAAAAACAAAAAAAUCAACUCCAAAGAAUAAGUACAGGUGGGCCUCGGUUUACGGCGCUGCGGGUGUUGGCGUUUCAUGUUUUACGUACGCUCUCCCGCAAAUUAAUUCUAAACUUAACUCGAGAACCGUUUAGAAAGGGGCGCGCCGAGGAAGAAUACACUGUGUGCGGCUCACGCCGCUCUCAACACCGGACGGUUGCGACUAAAAUUCAGGAUAAAGAUCGCAUUGUAGUGCAUCAACUGUGACUUACGUGAUAUAGUCCACUGCUGAUGGGGAUGUCAAACAACUUCAUGUAAAAAAAUCCGUACUAUCCCUUUAAAUUGUAUUUUUAGAAUGUGGCGCUAGCCAAUAAAAAACAGCCACGGGCUGCAAAUGGUCCCUGGGCUGCAUUUUGGACACCCCUGAUUAGGUAUAAGAUUCAGGUAACACCAAAACUUAAAAGUUGUAAAACUCGUACGUAACCCGAGGACUACCUGUACAAUUUGUUUGUUUUUUGUUGUUAAAAUAUUUGCAUAGAUGACUUUAUUGGCCCGAAAUUAAGACCAAAACACCAAUUGUGUUUUCAAUGUUAGUGAAAACAACAACUGGAAGAUUGCAAUAAAAAAAUAAUAUCCUACUUCUUAGCUGCUGGACAGUAAAAAUUAACAUCACAACCACUCCUGUUGUUUGCUAACAACCUUUGACACCCACCCAGCAAGUUCCUGUGUCACAUCUGCAUCUCUCCAGGUCACUGGUGUGUGUCUGUGUGUGUGUGUGAGUGACAGAAAGAAAAGCUCUGACUUGCUUGGGGUAAAAGUGGGGUAAAAGCCACCUGUUGGUUUGCUUGUAGAAAUAUCGACACCCUGAAUAUAAGACGACUUGUUUCGUAGGUGGGGAAAUGCCGUCUUAUAUUGUUUGUGUAUGUCGCAAACAUUCUCAAAAAAAAAAUACCGCAAAUGAGUUUUUGUGGUAAGUUUUGGGAUCCCUUGCGUGAUUACAUCUUGUACUGAGCAGCCAGGACAGAGCUCUGCAUACCUCUUUUUGCAAUAACUUGAAUUUCCUGUUCUAUGGCCGUCAUCACUUUUGUUGCGCCACCACCGAUACCUUUCUGUUUCGGCAAACACGAAACGGCCAAACAUAAAGCAAAAUAUGCUGACAUGUUUGAUUUUGGACUUCAAGUGUAUUUUUUCUUGAAAAUCCAAACUCUGUGAGCAGCAGUUUUGACUUUGGAGGUUCCACUGUGUUUAGAACGAUAGAAUGAAUGGCGAUGAGUCGAUGUUGCAGAGAAAAAUGAAAAACAAGCAGCUGCUGCUUAGAAUAUAAAAAUGUCUACCAUAUGUCACGCCGGUUUUUUUCCCCAUGGUAUCAGUGUGACAACACGUGAAGAUGAAAAGAGCGUUUCUUUUCCGGUGCUUUUAUGCUUCGUCUCUCAUAUUCCCUCGAAGUCCACCCACCGCUUAUCACGUUCACUAAUUGUUUUGUUUCUUUUUAUGGCACUUGUGAAACACCUCGAUGCCUUUUCUUUCUCCACGUUUCACAAUAUGUUCGCAACAGCGAACCUGUUUGAAGGGCGCAGGCUGAACGGUGUGAGAUGUUGAAUGAGUGUGGAUGAAUGGAAUAGCUCACCUGUCAUUUUCAAUCUUACCAGCGAUUUGGUGCACACUUGAAUCUUGAUAUCGCCUGGUGAAAAAAGACCUAUUUCAACAUAUUAAAGAAGAUUUGUUGGGUUUUUAUGAAUUGAUGGUGAAAAGACAGUUGAGGCAAAUGCUGUGUGUCAAGCAGCAGGAGUGAGGGUGUGACAGAUGGCACGAGCACCAUAUGAGCACGAUACAGUAUGUGCUGGAUACUAUGCGCUACACUCCACCACUUACACUAUACCGAUACUUGCAGUGCGUCGUUGUGAUGGUUAUGGGAUUUGCUUAUUGCAUUAUAUCAAAGCCUGUGGCCUAUAAGUGUGCGUGUGUGUGCGUGUGUGCGUGUGAGAGAGACUGUAUUAUUGACAAUGUAAUGACCCAUAUGUCUACCCUCUUCAUUGUCGACAAGCUAGGGAUGGGCAUUUUUUUAUUUGUUUUUUUAGAAACAAUUUUAAAAUUCUAUUGUUUUUAUUUAGUUUUUAAACCAUCGUUAUAAUUAUUACUAGUCACAACAAUAUUUAUUUACGUCUAUAUUAAUUUUUAUGGCAAAAAAAUACCAAGGAAAGUGUGUAUCUUAUUUAAAGAAUCUGAAAUAUUUACAUUUCCUAGAAAUAACACAAAAAUAAUGUAUUGUUAUUGUUUUAUUUUUGUUGUUCUUAAUGCUGAUAAUCAUUUGUAAUAAUUUCUGAUAAAGGAAAGUUGUAUUUAAAAUAUUGAUUAUAUAUUUUUGUAUUGUUUCGAUUUUAUUUGUACAUCAGUUUAAAAAAAAAUGCAUUGAUAUUAUUUCUAUUUAUCUUUAAUGGCAGCAAAUUAUUUUCUUUUGUUUAUAAAUAUGACAAAAAUGAAUAUAUAUUCUUGUUAUUUCUACAUUGAUCGUAUUCUUGUUAUUGUUUAUGAUAACAGUAAUUGAUAUUUAUAUGAAGUUAUAUUCCUAUUCAUUUAAAUUGAGGUACAUUUAAUUGCAGAGAAUGCAAAUGAAAGUGUUUUGCUCAUCUCCGUUUUUCAAGAAUAAGAAUACUAAUAUUCUUUUUAAAGUACAGUAGUACCUCGUUUAUCGCGGGGGAUAGGUUCCCAAAAUAGCCCGCAAUAAGUGAAAUCCGCCAAGUAGCCAGCUAUAUUUUUUGUACAACUAUUAUAUAUGUUUUAAGGCUGUAAAAACCCUCACCAUACACUUUAUGCAAUUUUUGUAGACAGUCAUUAACAUUUUAUCACAUUUCGCUCCCGCUUAAACACCCAAAGUUCACAUUUCAUUUGAAUUUUAAUGAUCAACGUGAUUGGACAGAAGAAAUUAAAUGACUCAUGCAUAUUUCACUCCUCUGAUCGCGGCUUGGCGCCGUUAGGCUGGAGCGUUUUUGUAACCUUGUUAAAACAUAUUCCUCCAUGAACCCAAGAUUCAUUUACAGUAUUCCAGGCGCUUUACAGCCACGUAACUUCUGCCUUCAUUCAGCAUGUAUGCCUGCCUGUUUCCUGUUGUAUGAUCACUAGCUAUCAUACAACAGGAAACAGGCAGUCCUGCAUGAAGGAGAUUGAUUGACAAUGGCCUACAGCCAAACAGAACGCAGAACACAAUGGGCAGGUUCUCCCUUAGCCACUCAGGACUAUUGUGGCUUUAUAUUUACUGAGACAAACUUGUCUGGACACGUCUUCGACUCUCACAUGAGUAUACUGUACAACACCCUCUACUGGUAGCAGUAGUAAAUUCAAUAACAGACACAUGCAACAGAGCACAGAUGGAUCGCUCUAAUACAGUGGUCCCCAACCUUUUCUGAUCCACGGACCGGCUUGUUUUCCACAAAUCUCCCGCGGACCGGGAGGGGCGGGGGGGCUCGUACAGUAUUGCGAUCUAAUUUAUCUUAUUUAUUAUGUAUUGUGUAAAACUAAGACAUGAAUAACAUCAAAUUAAGAGCACAAAAUGAAUGCCGACCCACCAUCCACCGGUUCAAGUUCCAGCCAAGUUUUUCCAGAGAGAUUAUUACAUCGCGGUUUGACGUGUGUGGUAAAAGGCAGUGUGCUAGCAUGAAUUAACUUGAGACAAAUGUGCACAUUAGCACUCAAUAAGUCAUCAAAACUUGUGAAAGAAAAAUGGUAAAAAUACAGUUGUAGUCUAUCUGUGCGGCAAGAGGUAACAAUGGACAUGCGUCAAAUGAGACGGAUGUAACAGAGAGAAUCCGGCCACUUUUCAAAAUAAAACAUAAAAACAUGAAAUAAUGGAAAUUAUUUUUUCUUUCUGUGCGGCCCGGUACCAAAUGACCAAAUGACCCACGGCCCGGUACCGGGGGUCGUGGGUUUGGGGAUCACUGCUCUAAUACACCACAAGACACAGAACACAGUGCGCGUUCAUGCACUAUUAUUCAUAUUAACAUAUUCAUACUAAAUAAUAAUAAUGUAUUUCUAUAUUCAUUUAAUAAUAACUUACUAUUUGAGACUGAAUCAACAGCGCCUCUGCUGGUUGCAGCAAGUAGUGUCAAUUGCAGACACUAGUUGGUUAUUAUGCCCAUCCCUGGUACAAACUAUUCAUUUUUCUUCCCAUAGCUGUAAGUAACAACACGACGUGUUAAUAAUAUGAAAACAAUGACACUGCCACUCUCAGACAUGCAUUUCUCUUCCAAGCUGAUUCAUAUAAUCAGUUUGUCUGCCCUUUUUGUCCUUUUUUUGAAUGUAUUACUAUUAUUUGCUAAAGAAUGGCUUUGCCUGAUGGAAAACGUCUCACCAACACAUGAUGGGGUUGAGGAAAGACAAUCUUUCUCCUGUGUAACCAUUUCUGUACAUGUUAAAAUGUCUUGUGGUCAAAUGAAUUGCCUUUUUCGGCGUGUGACAUUUAAUCUGCCAUUUUUCAUUGUCAGAUCUGGACAAAAAAAAAAUGGAUUUACGCUUAGACGAAAUAAAUGCAU